AUGAGUCAAGAAGAUUUAUCUAAGGAGAAAUCCGCUGAUAAGGAAGAUUCGGUCUUUUUACAAGGUCCUCAAAGAAAGUACUUAGCUGCUGAUACACUUUGGAAGCAUCGCGUUGGCUCACUUUCGUACUGGGAUGUCCUAUUGACCAUAGCGAUCAUUGUUGGUUAUGCUGCUAUAAUUCUUAAGCAGAAGUUUGUCAGUUUUGUCCCGGAAAGUUUAUAUGAAGAUGAAUCAGAUCUUUGGGAAGCCAUGGAGUACUAUAGACAGGGCAAAUUUCAUCUGUCUCCUUUAGGAGCUCUUGGAAUUCAGUUAUACUCCCUGAUCCCACGUUGUAAACCAUUGAUAAGAAUGGUCUCCUUGGCAUUUGCAUCUGCUACAUUAGGAAUCCUUUAUUUAGGUGAAAGAAGAGCCGGUAUUUCCCGCAUCUUAAGUCUUGCAAGUGUCUCCGGUAUUGGAUAUUUACCAUUAUUCCAAUUACAAGCUUCACAAAUGUGCGUUGAACCCUUGCAAUGGUUCUUCUUGUCAUUAGUAUUUUAUUUUUGGCAAAGCUUCACUUAUUACCCACAAUUCGGUUUCCGUUGGACUUUCCAUUUAAUUUUAUUGUCCGUUUCAUUGGGUUUAAGUGUAUCAACCAAAAAUUUGGGGUUUGCCACAUGGGCCUGGAUCUGUGCAUUAGCAUUACUUCAAUUCUGGAAUACCAUUGGCGAUGUUAAAUUGAGUACAUGCUUCGUUGCUAAAUAUGCAAUUUUUCAAGUCCUACUUUUGACUAUUAUCCCCACGACCAUUUUUGUUACGUCAAAUACAUUGAUGUUAAGUCAUUGGACUCAAGAUUCUCCAGAAUUCUCCAGAUUUAUGUCUUCCAAUUUCAAAUCUUUCUUGAGGGGCCCCAUUGAACAGCCUGUAGGUCUUAAUUACGGUUCAGUAGUUACUCUACGUCAUUUGGAAUCUUUAGGUGGUUACCUACACUCUCAUAACUAUACAUAUGAGACGGGUUCAUUUGAGCAACAAGUUACAUUGACUCAAGAAGAAAACGACUUUGAUAACGAGUGGAUCGUGGAGUACAAGUUCCCUGACGAGGAUAAGGUUAUGAUUAAUAAGAAGAUUCACGAUGGUGAUGAAAUUAGACUGAGACAUCGUACCACCGGUAAAUUGCUACGUGCAUCACAAGCUAAACCACCAGUCUCUUCUGAAGAAUACGAUAUGGAAAUAUCUGGUACUGGUGAUUGGUCAUAUCCAGGUGAUUCUGAUGAACUGUGGAAAAUUCGUAUUGUUAAUGGGCCUCGUCAUUCAAUCGUGAAACCACUAAAAUCCAUCAUAAAACUGCAGAAUGAUGGCCAUCCUUGUGAAUUGAUUAGCCACGAUAUAAGACUGCCAAACUGGGGAUUUAAUCAACAAGAAGUAUUAUGUGUUGACGAAGCAGCCGAAUCAAGAACCCAUUUCUAUUUCGAAACGGCUGAACCGGUGAUUCCAGGAGGUGAGGAAUACGAAUCGUUUUACUGCGAAAAGGGCCAACUCCGUUGCACGGCUGAUCUGCUAAUUGAACUGUGGCAAAGGCAAUUUAAAUAUAAUUAUUAUGAAAAAAAUAACCAACUUAUAAGCCCAUAUGUCCCCGAAACAUGGCCAUUCAACUUAUUAGGCGAUAAUUUAUCAAUCAGCAUUUGGAUUUGGGGAGCAGUAUUUCCUGUGGUCUUUGCCAUAUACCAGGCGCUAAAAUUGUUUAACUGGAAUCCAUACGGACCAGUCGCUGACGCUACACUAAAUUCCCUAUUAUUGGACAAAGUUGGUACCGAAUGUACUUUAGGUUGGUUCAUCCAUUACAAUCCUUUCUUCAGAAGCCCUCAUUUGAACUUGGAUGUGACUUUAUACAUUCCAGCUCUGCUACUCGGACAAAUUGUAGUGGCUCAAGUCAUUAAUGCUCUUUACAAAUGGAACCAAUGGACUCUAGCUGUGUUGGUAGCUUACUGUGCCGUGGUAUUCUAUACUUGA